AUGAAGUUCUCAACUGUCUUAAACUCUGCACUGUUAGCAACUGCAGUUUGUGCUGAAGCAGAAGCACACACUCCAACCACAACUGUCACUGUUGUGAAAUCUGGUGCUGAAGUCACUCACAAGUUUGGUAGAUUCAACAACACUCACCAUGAAACAACCACUUCUUCCUCUUCUACUGGUACCCAUAAGUUUGGUAGAUUCAACAACACUCACCAUGAAACAACCUCUUCUUCCUCUUCCACUGGUACCCAUAAGUUUGGUAGAUUCAACAACACUCACCAUGAAACAACCUCUUCUUCUACCUCAACCGGUACUCACAAGUUUGGUAGAUUCAACAACACCCACCAUGAAACAACCUCUUCUUCUACCUCAACCGGUACUCACAAGUUUGGUAGAUUCAACAACACCCACCAUGAAACAACCUCUUCUUCUACAUCGACCGGUACUCACAAGUUUGGUAAAUUUAACAACACACAUCAUGAACAAACUACCACCACUGUCUACGAAGGCGCUGCAGCUAACGCAGCAGUCAAUCCUUUUGUUAUGAAAAAUUCAGUUGUUGCUUGGUCUGCUGGAGCUGUUGGUUGUGCAGCAGCAGCAUUAUUAUUAUAA